AUGUCGGGUCUAAAGAGGAUUUUCGGAAUAUCUAAUAACAAAAAGGAUUGUGCUCAGGAAGCUGCCACGAAAGCAUUGGCAGACUCUGAGGAAAUUCUCUUGAAAAAGCAGGCUUUUUUAGAAAAGAAAGUGGAACUUGAGUUGCAAAAGGCCAAAAAAUAUUGCAAGGAAAAGAACAAACGUGCUGCUCUCGACUGCUUGAAGAAAAAACAAUUUUACUUAAAGCAAUUGGAAUUAAACGAUGGGGCUCUCAUGAGAAUUAAUGCUCAGCGCAAUGCUCUUGAUAGUGCUAUGAUGAAUAGGGAUAUCCUGAGUACUAUGAACACGGUCAAUAAGGCUAUGCAAAAUAUCCAUAAAGACAUGAAUGUUGAUAAGGUUCAUGAUCUUAUGGAUGACGUUGCUGAACAACAGGACAUUGCCAACGAGAUAGCAACCGCCAUUUCCAUGCCUACUGGCAUUGAUAAUUUUGAUGAGGAUGCAUUACUACAAGAGCUUGAGUUGCUCAAUGAAGAAGAUGUUGCUGAUAAACUCCUUAAUGUUGAGGGUAUCGAAGAUCUCCCAUCAGUUCCUGCUGGUGAAUUGAUUGCUUCGAGGUCUAAACCCAAAUCCUCGAAAAAGGCCGAAGAGGAUUCGGAACUUGCAAAUCUUCAAAUAUUCAUGGAGAACUUUGUUGAAACCACGUCUGAUGCUCCAAUACUGCUACUCGAAGCCUUCAAUGGAGGUUCACAUAAGCAGCUUAUAAACUCACUUGAACGGUUACUUGCGGAGACAGGAAAACGGGUUUGUGUGGUUACUUUGCCAGCAAAUAAAUGGCACUGGAGGGCUCGAACUGGGGCUCUUCAGUUGGCUGCCUUGAUUCCCCGCAACAUCACCGUUGGGUAUCGAGUACUCUUCACAUCAUCUAUAUUUUCACUCCCUGAACUGCUUGCACUACGACCAGAUUUGGCUGCAAUUCCAAAGAAAUAUCUCUACUUUCAUGAGAAUCAGUUGGCUUAUCCGUUGAGAGAAGGUGGUAAAACAGUAGACUACCAAUACCCGUAA